AUAAUGCCAUUGAAGCUAUUGAUGAAUUUGCUUUUUUGGAAGGACUCAGGAGACUAGUACUUCUCUACAAGUAUUUAACAAGGUGCAGGAUGCAGGACCCACUAGCUGUAGUCGUCUUUGCAGGGCUGUUGCAUGCUCCCGUCUUUGCCAGUGCUGGAGCCAUCGGCAGAGAGGACGAGCAAGGGAACCUGUUUGCAGAGAGGGGCUGCUGCAGGAGGCAGAGCCAUUUCCUCCACAUUGGGCACGAUGUCUCUGGCAGUCCUGUCAGUGUGGAUGUUGGAAAGUGCAGGUCCAGCUGCCUGUCCCAGCGCAUCAGCUCCCCCCACCCUGGCCUCCUGGGGCUCUCCAGACACUCCUCCAUGCUCGAUUUCCUUAGAAGCAAGAAGCUGCAGGUCAGGCACCCCGACUCGCCGCUGCAGACAGGAGCCCCGCGUUCCUGCCCUGCGGGUUCCUGCUGCGAGCCUGCCCGCGUGCACAUGGAGCGGCUCCUGCUCUUCGAAGGCGUUCAGGAGGUGGAGGUGGUUGACGGCUGUCACUGUAGCACGUGCCCCGAGGAAUGUCUCCGUCUCCCAGCUCUGAAAACCUUCUUUCCAGACUCUCCCUGGGAGGUCACGGUCGACGUGGGGAAAUGCUCUGACCCAACCUACAGUGCAGAUGGACUUCUCUGCGUGCCCACAAAGUUCAGCACUGCUCUAGUCAAAAACCCACAAGGCGGGGAGGUGGUUCAGACGCUGGAGAACUGCGAAAUGAAGGAAAAAUGCUAUCGCGUUUCCCAGGUGGAAUAUUAUUACGAAAUUGUGCACAGCUCUGCAGGACACAGGGAGGAACGGCUCAAGGAAAUUGAUGUGGGAAGGUGCUUGGGCAGCUGCUCCUCGGGGGAUCCCUGCUUGCUUAGGGAGUCACAAGGCGGAGAGAAAUGUCUGGUUUGGGCAGAAGCUGCCUCUGGCCGCUGUGCCCCUCACCACUACGAUGUACACACCUUCAGGAGCCGCCGGGACCGUGUUCGCACCGUCGUUGCCAUCCGGCAGUGCAAGUGCAGGUGGUAG